CUAAACAACGCUAGCGGAAUUCCCAAGUUCUCAUCAGGCGGUCAAAUACGUGGGUUAGCCAGAUGUUAAACUGGAUUUUAUCAAACGUGCUUAUUUAUUUUUAAUUGAUUUCUGCUUGACAAACCAGCUGUUUUUGACAUUCACUGAUAAAAGCAAAAUAAUCUUCAAGGACGUUUCACUUUAUCAAAUUGAAUCUGUAUUCUAAAGAAAGAUCCAUUUUACUUUUAAUAAAACACUUAUUAUGUAUAAUUUUCUCGUAAAAAUCAGGAUAUUUACCGGGGAAAUGUGUAUUCGCCAUAAAAAGAAGCAAUGAAGUCGAAAUCUGAUUCAAAAGUGUGUCUUGUAUGUGGUGAUAAAGCCCUAGGGUACAAUUUCAACGCUAUCACUUGCGAAAGUUGCAAGGCUUUCUUCAGAAGAAACGCCUUGGUUGAGAAAGAGUUCAAGUGUCCCUUUAACAACAACUGUGAUAUCACUACAGUCACUAGAAGAUUCUGCCAGAAAUGUAGGCUCGAUAAGUGCUUUACUGUGGGUAUGUGCAAAGAUUUGAUCAUGUCGGAGCAGGACAAAGUUGCAAAAAGGCAGAAGAUACAGGAAAACAGAGCUAGGAAAAGAAAUUAUAGGGGUUUCAAAGCAGGUUUCAAGAAAGUUAAAAAGGAACUGAUGAUAGAGCCUGAUUCUCAAAGCACAGAUUUUUCCAACCAUUUCUAUAGCAGCAAUGAUUCUAGUGAUACAAACAUUUCUGAUCAAGGCUAUACUCCGAACAACAGCGACCUAUUAAACACAAUGUACAGCAAUAGCAGAGAUCACUUGUUAUCUGGAGAGAAGGUGGUGUCUUCCAGCGAUGAUAUUUCCAUGCUGAGAAAUAUUUUGAAUCCAACAAAUCCAAAUCAAAAAGGCAUGCAUGAAGAUACUAGUUGUUUGAAUGCUGGUCUAGGGAAUAAUAAUGAUACAAGUUGCAAUAACAAUGUAUUCAACAUAGGGAGUUCAGGAGUGGUUCAGGAUUCCAGACUGACCAUUGACAGCAUCACUAAAGAUGUUGUGAAUGAUGUGCAGAGGGUGCAAUCAUUAGAGCCUAGUCCAAUAGAAUCAAUACUAUGUGAGGCAAUAAAAUUGGAAUUUGAGGCAUUCUCGUCAAUAGCUCAAUAUAACUCUACCUCUAGGGAAUUAAAUGAUGCAGAAAGAGCCAAAUUGAAUGAAUUGAUUGUAGCUAAUAAAGCUCUUUUAGUUCCAAUUGACGAUGAGCUGGAUAGUUUGAACAGAACCAGGGUAUUGCAGAGCAAGCCUCAACAAAAGACUGAAGAAAGUACAACUAUAGUUGACCUGAUCAAUUUGACAGCACUAGCUAUAAGGCGAUUGAUAAAAAUGGUGAAAAAAAUAAAUUCAUUCAAAAAUAUGUGUCAAGAAGAUCAGGUGGCCUUACUUAAAGGCGGUUGUACAGAAAUUAUGCUGUUAAGAAGCGCUAUGAACUAUGAUCCUCAAAAACGGACCUGGGAGAUACCACACACCCAAGAACUGAAUGUGGAUGUUGAUAUUUUGAAGUUGGCAAAAGGUAAUAUCUAUCAAGAGCAUGAAAAGUUUAUCAAAACCUUUGAUCCAAAAUGGAUAGCUGACGAAAAUAUCAUUCUCAUUUUGAGUGCUGUGGUGCUAUUCACACCUGACAGGCCUAGGGUUGUGCAUCAAGAUGUUAUAAAAUUAGAACAGAAUUCAUACUAUUACCUUCUGAGAAGGUACUUGGAAAGUGUGUAUCCAGGCUGUGAGGCAAAGUCUACAUUCCUUAAACUCAUCCAGAAAAUUACGGAACUUCAUAAAGUGAAUGAGGAGCUAAUAAAUGUUUAUUUGGAUGUUAAUCCAUCACAAGUUGAACCUUUGCUUAUUGAAAUUUUCGAUUUGAAAAGCAAGCAAUGAGUUUAGAUAAUCUCUUUGCAGUAACAAGAAUUUUUUUAUCAAAGCCAAAGUUCCAGAAGAUGCACCAUUUUAUAUUUUGUCCUCCUACAGAUAUAAAGUGAGAAACAUGAAAGAUAUAUUUUCAAUGGUUGUCACUUGUCAACAACACAAUAUUUUUGGUAUUGAGAGUUUUUUUGCUUUUUCAUGUAAGUUAUAUGCCCAACAUACUUUAUAUUAAAAUAAAAUAUUCUGUAUUUAUUACUUUAAAAUGGUACAAAAUUUAAUUUUCCUUUCCAUAUAUUGUUAUGUAUAUGUAUUUUAACAAAUAUAUCCUUGUUUUUAUA